GGGCGGAGCCGCGGCCCAUGAUGGCGGCGGGGCCGUGGCCGCUGCUGCUGCUGCUGGCGCUGGGGUCGGGGCCCGGGCCCGGUCCCGGGGCCGCGCCGGGGCCGCGCGGGGUCCGCGGGUACUUCCCGGAGGAGCGCUGGAGCCCGGAGUCGCCGCUGCUGCCGCCGCGGGUCACGGUGGCGCUGCUGGCGCGGAACGCGGCCCAUGCGCUGCCCGCCACGCUCGGAGCGCUGGAGCGGCUGCGGCACCCCAAGGAGCGCACCGCGCUGUGGGUGGCCGUGGACCACAGCGUGGACAACACGACGGCGCUGCUGCGGGAAUGGCUGCUGCGGGUGCGCGGCCUCUACCACCGCGUGGAGUGGAGGCCCAUGGAGGAGCUGGCCUCCUACCCCGAUGAGGAGGGUCCCAAGCACUGGUCCCCGAUGCGCUAUGAGCACGUGAUGAAGCUGCGUCAGGCGGCGCUGGAGGCCGCGCGCGCCGCUUGGUCCGAUUACCUGCUGUUCCUGGACGCCGACAACGUCCUGAUCAACCCCGACACGUUGGGGCUGCUGAUGGCCGAGAACAAGACGCUCGUGGCGCCGAUGCUGGACUCGCGCGCGGCUUAUUCCAACUUCUGGUGCGGGAUGACGGCGCAGGGUUACUAUCGCCGCACGCCGCUGUACCUGCCGCUGCGCAGGCGCGAGCGCCGCGGCUGCUUCGCCGUGCCCAUGGUUCACUCCACCUUCCUGCUGGAUCUGCGCCGCGCAGCCUCGGCCGCCCUCAGCUUCUACCCCCCUCACCCCGACUACACGUGGCCCUUCGACGACAUCAUCGUCUUCGCCUUCUCCUGCCGCCAGGCCGAAGUCCAGAUGUUUGUCUGCAACCGGGAAGUUUACGGCUUCCUGCCGGUGCCGCUGCGCUCCCACAGCACCCUGCAGGAUGAGGCCGAGAGCUUCCUGCAUGUCCUGCUGGAGAUCAUGGUGAAGAACCCGCCGGCGGAGCCGUCCCCACACGUGUGGGUCCCCCCCAAGGUCCCCGACAAGAUGGGCUUUGAUGAGGUUUUCCUGAUCAACCUGCGGCGCCGGAGCGAGCGCCGGGCGCGGAUGCUGCGGACGCUGCGCGAGCAGGAGAUCUCCUGCAAGCUGGUGGAGGCCGUGGAUGGGAAGGCCAUGAACAGCAGCGAGGUGGAGGCGUUGGGCAUCCGGAUGCUGCCGGGAUACAGGGAUCCCUACCACGGGCGCCCGCUCACCAAGGGGGAGCUGGGAUGUUUCCUGAGCCACUACCGGGUGUGGCAGGAGAUCGUGGCACGGGGCCUCGGGAAGUCCGUGGUGUUCGAGGACGAUCUUCGCUUCGAGAUCUUCUUCAAGCGCCGCCUCAUGACCCUGAUGCAGGAGCUGGAGGCCGAGGGGCUGCCCUGGGACCUGAUUUACAUCGGCAGGAAGCGGAUGCAGGUGGAGCGGCCGGAGAAGUCGGUGCCGCGCGUCAGGAAUCUGGUGGAAGCGGAUUAUUCCUACUGGACACUGGGCUACGUCCUGUCCCUGCGCGGAGCCCGGAAGCUGUUGGCAGCGGAGCCGCUGGCCAAGAUGCUGCCGGUGGAUGAGUUCCUGCCCGUCAUGUUCGACAAACACCCGCUCACCGACUACACGAAGCACUUCCCGCAGCGGGACCUGGUGGCGUUCUCAGCGGAGCCGCUCCUGGUCUUUCCCACCCAUUACACGGGCGAGGACGGGUACGUGAGCGACACCGAGACCUCGGUGCUGUGGGAUGACGAAGCCACGGCCACGGACUGGGAUCGUUCCCGCUCCCACAAGAUGCGGGAGCAGCCGGAGCUGCGCCGGGAAGCGCGGAAUUCCGACGUGCUGCAGUCGCCGCUCACCAGCGCGGCGCGGGAUGAGCUGUGAGGGGGGGACGUGGCUUUAAACCUGGGUUUAUUUGUA